CACUGCAGGACCUAACUUACUGUACGAAAGCACACUGUGGGGGAGAGAGAAGUGUGUUGUCUAUGUAGCCUCUGAGUUUGUGCGUGUGAUGUUUGUUUCUGAGCGCGCAUGAUAUAUAGAGAGAGAGAAAGUGGAAAAGAGAGAGAGAGAAGCGUUUUUACUUUGUUGGUGCUGCGAGUCUUGUGCCAGAUGCAGACAGAUGCGCUCAUAGACAUUAUCAAUAUCGAGGAAACACUGGCUAAGUGUGACAGUAUGACUCUGUCCAGUGCCCCACCUUUGCGCAGAGGAAGUACCCCUGUGCCAAUCAAACACCAGCUCAGACGAGAGGAAGCAGUCCAUGAUGAUUGUGAUUGGACAUCAGGGUUGGCUGGACCUUCUCCUCCUCCAAUCAGUUUCAGCCUGGCGAAGGAUGAGACCAUCGCCUCAGCGGCAGAGGGGAGACCCCCCUCUGAAGGGCCCUUUCGAAUUGCCCUGCUCGGGCAAAAUGGGGUGGGCAAGUCAAGCCUUGCUAUCGCCUUGGCUGGGGAUUUGGAUAGAACUGCUUCUGUGGAUUCUGAAGGAGAGGGCUAUGUACGUACUGUUACCGUGGACGACGAGGACUGCACCAUCCUUAUCUAUGACAACUGGAGGCAGGACCUGUCUGCUCUGCAGUGUGAGGUGUGUGUCCUGGUGUUCUCUGUCACGGACAGGCGUAGUUUCCACCGCACUGCCCAACUUCGCCUCCUCCUCAGGGAGACACAGCCACAAACUCCCAUCAUCCUUGUGGGCAACAAGAGUGACCUGGUCCGUUCGCGCGAGGUCAGCAGUCAAGAGGCCUUCACCAGUGCUACUCUGUUUGACUGUCUGUAUGUGGAAAUGUCAACCUCUCUGGACCACCGCACAGUGGAGCUCCUGGAGUCUGCUGUGAGGUUAGCCAGAGGCCUCAGUCCAGUGCCCCCAGGGGCCUAUGGGCACGACAUGGCUGGCGGCCUGGAGGGCAUCACCCACCGGGCCAAGCGUUUCCUCGCUAGCCUGGUCCCACGCUACCCCCGUGAGAGGGAACGAGACGGGGGCAAGUUCUUCAGACAGAAGUCCCGCUCCUGCCAUGACCUGGGGGCCCUGUGAUCAGGGGUGAGGGAAGGAUAGAAUGAGGGAUGUAUAGAAAGAGAGAGGGGUGGCUAGAAAGCAAGCAAGAGGGAAAUAGCAUGUAAGCAAUUGCAAAAUAGAGAGAAGGAUUCAAAGAGGUAAAUUAUGGUGAAGAGAAAAGUGAGUGUAAAAGUGGGUGAUGAGAGGAGGAUACAGUAAUGGGGAUGACACAUGGAUGAAGCAGAGAAGACCAGGAAGAGAGAAUGGCAUUAAAGAAGUGAUGGACGUAUCUGGGUUGAUUAAUGUAGAAAUGUUGUAGUAGA